GGCGGGGCGACGUCAGGCGGAAGGGCGCGGGGCGCGCACGCUUUAAAUGGCAUUCGCUGUCAUCCGAGCUCGCAGCCGGGUGGGCAGGAGCGGGCUAUAUAAGCCGCGAGCCGCGAAGCCGCGGGGCAGACGGCGACAGCAGCGGCGGCGAGCGCUUCGGAGCGCGGCGGAGCAGCGUCCCCGGAGCCCCGCGCCCCCCGACGGGCCCGCUCGCCCGCCCUCCCGAGGAGCGCCGGCCCGGGCCCGCGAGGGCCGCCGCCACCCCGCAGCAGAUUUGGAUCCCCCGCCCGGCGAGCCCCAGGCUGCUGCCUCCCGGGGGGCCCCGGCGCAGCGGCCGCCCGCGGAGAGUCCCGGAGCCCCGCCGCCCGGCCCCGCAGACGCCGGCGGCGCCAUGGCAGCCGCCAAGCCCGGCGAGCUGAUGGGCAUCUGCUCCAGCUACCAGGCGGUGAUGCCGCACUUCGUGUGCCUGGCCGACGAGUUCCCGCAGCCCGUGCGGCCCGCCAAGCUGUCCAAGGGCAAGGGCCGGCUGAGGCGGCCGCGCCAGUCCCGCUUCAAGACGCAGCCGGUGACCUUCGACGAGAUCCAGGAGGUGGAGGAGGAGGGGGUGUCCCCCAUGGAGGAGGAGAAGGCCAAGAAGUCGUUCCUGCAGAGCCUGGAGUGCCUGCGCCGCAGCACGCAGAGCCUGUCGCUGCAGAGGGAGCAGCUCAGCAGCUGCAAACUGAGGAACAGCCUGGACUCCAGCGACUCCGACUCGGCCCUGUGAGGGGCGCCGCCCGGAAGGGGGACGCGCGCGCGCCUCCGCGGCCCGCCAGGGCACCAGGGGGCGAACCCCGAGAGGGCUGGCGCCCCGCCUCGGGGGACCCCUGAGGACCGGGGACCGCCGCCCCUCGCGCGCUUGGACUACCGCCCGACCGCGAGCUGGUCCGUGCGUCGUCCGCUGCGCUCGCCCUGGCCCGGAGAGCGCGGGGCGCCAGGGAGGGGGGCCGCUUUCUUUGCCCUUGUAAAUGUUUAUUUUUUAACUCUUCCCAGUACGAACUCUUCUGUGAGUGUGUGCGGGGAGGCGCGCCCGCGCUGAGGCGGGUCCCGGUGGCCGGGGUCGCCGCUCCAAGCCCUUGUCUAAUGGUUUGCAACUCCGAUUUUGCACACCGCUGCACCGCGGCCCCAGCGCACACCCGUCCACACUCACGCCAACACACUCUCGCUGAACACUUUUAUAAUUGUUAGGCGCGGCCGAUGGGACUUGGGCGCAGCGCAGCUGCUGCUGCGGCCGGAGGAUUGAUAUUUAUUUUUGCAUUGCGAUGGCUGAAGGCGUUUAUUUAACGAUCUUUUUACCUGGAUAUGUCUGGGAGGCUCCCGAACGGAGACAAAUAAAGUCAAUAUAUUUGCACAGUGCA